GCCUGCGCGUGCGUUCGGCCUCCUGUUGCCCCGUCGCACCUCCGGCGCCAUGAGUUACUCCAAGUCCAGCGUCUACUCCAGUUCGUAUCGGCCCGUCGGGGGCUCGGUGAGAUUCGGGCCCGUGGCCAGCGCGGCCAGCGUCUAUGCCGGUGCCGGGGGCUCGGGCUCGAGGAUCUCCGUCUCCCGGUCGUCCAGCCUCGGCUCCAGCUACGUCGGAGGUGGCGGCGGCGGCGGCGGCGGCUAUGGAGGCAGCAGCUUCUCCCUUUCUCUCUCCGGCUCUGGCGUGGUCCAGAACGAGAAGGAGACCAUGCAAGACCUGAACGACCGCCUGGCCAGCUACCUGGAGAAGGUGCGCAGCCUGGAGGCCGAGAACCGCAGGCUGGAGAUCCAGAUCCGAGAGCACUUGGAGAAGAAAGGGCCCAGCACCCGCGACUGGAGCCGCUACUUCGAGCUCAUCGAGGACCUGAAGAAUCAGAUCUUUGACCAGACAGUGGAUAACGCUCGCAUUGUCCUGCAGAUUGACAAUGCCAGGUUGGCUGCUGAUGACUUCCGUGUAAAGUUUGAGGCUGAGCUGGCCAUUCGUCAGUCAGUGGAGAGUGACAUUAAUGGCCUCCGCAAAGUCAUUGAUGAUACCAAUAUGAGCCGCCUUCAGCUGGAAGGUGACAUUGAGUCCCUCAAAGAAGAACUGAUCUUCCUGAAGAAGAACCACCAAGAUGAAGUCAAUGCGCUACAGUCCCAGAUCGCCAACUCAGGACUGACAGUAGAAGUAGAUGCUCCCAAGUCACAGGAUCUGGGCAAGAUAAUGACUGAAAUCCGGGCACAGUAUGACACCUUGGCUCAGAAGAACCUUGAGGAUUUGGACAAGUACUGGAGCCAGCAGAUCACUGAGAGCACCGUCAUGAUCACCCAAAAUACCAAGGAGAUUGAGACGGGCCGUGCUACUGUCACUGAGUUGCGCCGCAACGUCCAAACACUAGAAAUUGAGCUGGAGUCUCUGCGCAACCUGAAAGCCAACCUGGAGGGAAAUCUCCUUGAAGUGGAGACCCGCUAUGGUAUGCAGAUGGAGCACCUCAAUGGGCUACUGAUGCGGACCGAGGCUGAACUGGCACAGGUGCGGAGCGAUGUCCAGCGCCAGGCAGAGGACUAUCAGGCUCUGCUGAACAUCAAAGACAAGCUGGAGGCUGAGAUCACUACCUACAGAACCCUGCUGGAGGGCGGAGAUGAGUUCAACCUGAAAGAUGCAUUACUGGAAAGCACCAUGCAAACUACUCAGAAGAUCCACACCACCAAGAUCGUCGAUGGCAAAGUGGUGUCAGAGACGAGCGAAAGCAAAGUGAUGAAGCGUUGAUCCCACCUGCUGUGUGGCAAGGAUUGCCACCUGGUGCAGCUAAUAUUGUGCACCUUUUGUUCCAGAGCUGGAGGGUUCCGGGGAGGGACUGGGGUUGGU